UGAUGCCCGUCCCGCAGCCAGUGCGUGCGAAGAGUUUGUUACGCGCAAACUUGGAGAAACCUCGUGGCGGUGUAUUACUACAGAGCAGGAUGCCGAACAUCAAGGUCUUCAGCGGUACGUCGCACCCGGACCUCGCACAGCGGAUAGUGGACAGACUGGGAAUUGACAUCGGAAAAGUUGUCACGAAAAAGUUCAGCAACCUCGAAACAUGCGUGGAAAUUGGGGAAUCUGUGCGCGGCGAAGAUGUGUACAUUAUUCAAAGCGGGAGCGGAGAGAUAAAUGACAAUCUCAUGGAGCUGUUGAUUAUGAUCAAUGCAUGCAAGAUUGCCUCUGCAUCACGAGUAACAGCAGUCAUCCCUUGCUUCCCAUAUGCCAGGCAGGACAAGAAGGAUAAGGUAGGAGAUGGUGGUGAUGGUGGGGAGAAGUCAGACUCCACUAAGACUCGCUUCAUCAUGAAGUCGAACGAGUGGAAGUUCAGGAGUCGAGCUCCUAUCUCCGCAAAAUUAGUCGCAAACAUGCUCUCGGUGGCAGGAGCGGACCACAUCAUCACCAUGGAUCUGCACGCCAGUCAGAUCCAAGGGUUCUUUGACAUUCCCGUCGACAAUCUAUACGCAGAGCCAGCGGUGCUCAAAUGGAUCAAAGAAAACAUAGUAGAGUGGAGAAACAGCAUCAUCGUAUCACCAGACGCUGGUGGUGCAAAAAGGGUAACCUCCAUCGCGGAUCGACUCAACGUUGAGUUCGCACUUAUCCACAAAGAGAGGAAGAAAGCUAACGAAGUCGCCAGCAUGGUCCUCGUCGGAGACGUUAAAGACAGAGUAGCAAUCUUAGUUGACGAUAUGGCGGAUACUUGCGGAACCAUCUGCCACGCAGCAGAAAAAUUGCUCGAAGCUGGAGCCACAAAAGUCUACGCUAUUUUGACACACGGUAUCUUCAGCGGGCCAGCCAUCUCUAGGAUAAACAAUGCAUGCUUUGAAGCUGUUGUAGUCACAAACACGAUUCCUCAAGACGGUCACAUGAAAGACUGUCCCAAAAUUCAGUGUAUCGACGUUUCCAUGAUGUUUGCGGAGGCUGUGAGGAGAACCCACAACGGCGAGUCGGUCUCGUAUCUGUUUUCCAAUGUACCGUACUAAGCAUGUAAAUCUUUAGUAUAUCUAUCCAGUCUUAAAUAUCAUCCCCCGUUAGUUGAUUAUUGUUAACAUGUGCCGAGCAAGUCUGUCAUAGCCUGAUAACAACGGUUGAAAUCCUAGAAACUUGAACGUGUCCGUGCAUUGGAAUCUCUAGUUUUUACCGUCGACCGUUACGUUUGGGAGAGCCGAAAACCAGAUCGUAAUUUCACCGAAAUUCAAUUCUUUCCGUUUUUUCAACCCCGAUUCCGAUGGCGAGUGAACGCAGACGAUGGUUACGCAUAGGUGUACGGAUUCUGUUGAGUCUAGUUGUUAGUGUUGUCGAAUUCCUAUUUCCCUACGACAGUUGUAGAAACGUUUACUUACUUUAACGAUAAAUAACAAAAUCCUCUGCAAUGGUAUAAUCACGUUUGCCAUAACAUGAAAGAUUUUUAGAUUUAAAAUUGUGUGUCAAAUUACAAGUAUAUUUCGACACAGUCUUAUACCGUUCCUACGUAGGAUCGUAAAAAUGAAAAAUUUUCAGCGACGAUGCGGACGACCUUUUUGCCUGAAUGUGUCUCGUUCUUCAAAAUGACUUGUACAGCUAUUGUCUCAAUAAUUAUUUCAUCCACUUUUACACGAUACAAUGUACCGGUUCAAGGAUCCUCAUUUCCAACAUCAAGUUGUCUACAAUAUGUUUUUUCUUUUCGUUCUUCCUCCCCAUGAACAUGGUACAUAAAACCUCAUUCUAUGUACCGAACGAUAUAACUGUUUGAAACUAGGGCCGUGUAAUAUUUGAUGUACAUAUUUAUUCAAUUUAUAGUGACCCAGUUUUUCUAUUGCACAUAUUUAGUGAAAAAAUCAAAUCGACUAAUUUUUUAUGCGUCACAAAUCUAUAAGUAUAUAAUUUUUUAAUUUUCCUAACGCAAAACCCUGUCUAUCUUGGAAAAGGGUAUUAAUGUACCAGAGACAUUCUUCAUUACGAUUGGGUCGAUCUGAAAGGGCACAAUAAGUUACAGUUAGGU